UGGGGCUCCCCAGGGUCACCCUGGCAAUGUGUCUGCUGCUGGGCCGCGUCCUCCACGCAGCCUCUGUCGCGGAGGCUGCUGCCACCACAGUCCUCAGGAUUCCUCCUGGGACAGGGUUAAGGACCAAUUCGGGUUUGGCCCUGAGGCUGGUGAACGGCGGUGACCCAUGUCAGGGCCGCGUGGAGGUCCUCUACCAAGGCUCCUGGGGCACCGUGUGUGACGACGGGUGGGACAUCAACAAUGCCAACGUGGUGUGCAGGCAGCUGGGCUGUGGCGAGGCCAGGUCGGCCCCAGGAAGUGCCUGGUUCGGAAAGGGCUCAGGCCCGAUCGUGCUGGACGACGUGGGCUGCUCAGGGCACGAGUCCUACCUGUGGAACUGCCCGCACAGGGGCUGGAACUCACACAACUGCAACCACGGAGAGGACGCCGGUGUCAUCUGCUCAGGAGCCGAUGCCGGUUUGGCCCUGAGGCUGGUGAACGGAGGUGACCGGUGUCAGGGCCGCGUGGAGGUCCUGUACCGAGGCUCCUGGGGCACCGUGUGUGACGAUGGGUGGGACACCAAAGACGCCAACGUAGUGUGCAUGCAGCUGGGCUGUGGCGAGGCCAGGUUGGCUCUAGGAAAUGCCUGGUUUGGACAGGGCUCAAGACAGAUCGUGCUGGAUGACGUGGCCUGUUCUGGGCACGAGUCCUACCUAUGGAGCUGCCCGCACAGGGGCUGGAACUCCCACAACUGCAACCACGGAGAGGACGCCAGUGUCAUCUGCUCAGGAGCCAAUUCCGGUUUGGCCCUAAGGCUGGUGAACAGCAGUAACUCAUGUCAGGGCCGCGUAGAGGUCCUCUACCAAGGCUCCUGGGGCACCGUGUGUGAUGACGGGUGGGACACCAAUGACGCCAACGUCGUGUGCAGGCAGCUGGGUUGUGGCGGGGCCAGUUCGGCCCCAGGAAGUGCCCAGUUCGGACAGGGCUCAGGGCCGAUUGUGCUGGACGAUGUGGACUGCUCAGGGCAAGAGUCCUUCCUGUGGAGCUGCCCAAACAGGGGCUGGAACUCCCACAACUGUGGGCACCACGAGGACGCCGGCGUCAUCUGCUCAGGAGCCGAUGCCGGUUUGUCCCUGAGGCUGGUGAACGGCGGUGACCGGUGUCAGGGCCGCGUGGAAGUCCUCUACCAAAACUCCUGGGGCACCGUCUGUGAUGACGGGUGGGACAUCAAUGACGCCAACGUGGUGUGCAGGUGGCUGGGCUGUGGCCGGGCUAAAUCGGCCCCAGGAAGUGCCCGGUUCGGACAGGGCUCAGGACAGAUCGUGCUGGACGAUGUGGGCUGCUCAGGGAACGAGUCCUACCUGUGGAGCUGCCCGCACAAUGGCUGGAACUCCCACAACUGCAACCACGGAGAGGACGCCAGUGUCAUUUGCACAGGAGCCGAAGCCGGUUUGGCCCUGAGGCUGGUGAACGGAGCUGACCAGUGUCAAGGCCGAGUGGAGGUCCUCUACCAAGGCUCCUGGGGCACCGUGUGUGACGACGGGUGGGACACCAAUGAUGCCAACGUGGUGUGCAAGCAGCUUGGCUGUGGUGAGGCCAGUUCAGCCCCAGGAAGUGCCCAGUUUGGACAGGGCUCAGGCCCGAUCUUGCUGGACGACGUGGGCUGCUCAGGGAAUGAGUCCAACCUGUGGAGCUGCCCGCACAGGGGCUGGAACUCACACAACUGCAACCACGGAGAGGACGCUGGCGUCAUCUGCUCAGGAAGCAAUACUGGUUUGGACCUGAGGCUGGUGAAUGGCGGUGACCGGUGUCAGGGCCGCGUAGAGGUCUUCUACAAAGGUUCCUGGGGCACUGUGUGUGACGACAGUUGGGACACCAAUGACGCCAACGUGGUGUGCAGGCAGCUGGGCUGUGGCGGGGCCAGGUCGGCCCCAGGAAAUGCCCGGUUUGGACAGGGCUCAGGCCCGAUCGUGCUGGACGAUGUGGGCUGCUCAGGGCACGAGUCCUACCUGUGGAGCUGCCCACACAGGGGCUGGAACUCCCACAACUGCAACCACGGAGAGGACGCAGGCGUUAUCUGCUCAGCUACUCAGACCUCUUACAGAUGCGACCUUGAGCUCCCAGGAGCGUGGGAUCAGCGAUGCGAUACGGCCCUGGAGGUGCUCGUGGGCUCCUCAGCGGUUGCACAAGCACCUCCAGACAACGGCCCUGAGAGCUUCCGGGAACAGCGGGGCCUGUGCCUGGAGUGUGGUUGUCCCCUGCAUGACGGGGACUCGGACGCCAUCCUGUCAGAGCGGACGGCGCUGCGGUGUCUGGAACGAGUCCUGAAAGCAUCGGGCAUGAGUGGGUCCGAGGCCGCCUGUCGGCGUCGCUCCGGCCGCUGCUCGCUCAGCGGUUACCGGCCGCUCUCCGUUCCGCGGAGGAGGCGGCGUUUGAGCACGGGAAGGCGUUGUGGCCCUGACCACCGCUUCCGUGUCGUUCUAGAGCCACCUGCCAUGGACCCGUCUCCUUCGAGUCGUGGAGCCGACGAUCCUUGGCCCAGCCCGCCAGACGAUCCACCCAGGAUGAGGCUCGCCAACGGCACCGGGAGGUGCUCCGGGCGCGUGGAGGUGUUCUACCAGGGCGCCUGGGGGUCGGUGUGCGGGGACGGCUGGGGCCUGCGGGAGGCCCAGGUGGUGUGCAGGCAGCUGGGCUGCGGNNAGGCGGUGUCUGCCCCGCUGGGCGCCCACUUCGGGCCGGGCUUCGGGAAGAUUCUCCUGGACAACGUGCACUGCAGCGGUGAGGAGAGCCACCUGGCCCUGUGCGCCCACGACACCUGGUUCACGCACGGCUGUGGCCACGAGGACGACGCCGGGGCCGUCUGCUCGGGUCCUCUAGCAGCAGACGCCUUCCCGCCAGGGGAUGACUUCUCCGAGCCUUCACUGACCACAGCCCCGGAGGCCCGGACACCUCCACCUGCAGGAGGCUGGGCCCCCAUGAGGCUGGUGGGCAGCCGGGGGAGCUGCGCGGGCCGCGUGGAACUCUUCUACCAGGGCAUCUGGGGGACCGUGUGCGACGACCUCUGGGACCUGCCACAAGCCAACGUCGUCUGCAGGCAGCUGGGGUGUGGCCGGGCCGUUUCAGCGCCCGGCGAGGCCCACUUUGGGGAAGGUUCUGGCAAGAUCCUGCUGGACGACGUGCGCUGCAGGGGCGACGAGGGGCGCCUGGAGGAGUGUGCCCACCUCGGCUGGCUCUCCCACAACUGCGGGCACGGGGAAGACGCGGGCGUGGUCUGCUCAGAUGCUGCACACACGGCGGGCACGCCACCAGGUCGCCCGUCGGCUGCCAUGGCAGGGACGGCCACUGCAGAGAAACCUCGGUGCGGCGGCGUCAUCACUAACUCGUCAGGCGCCGUGAGGAACCCGCCACGGAGUGACAUGCACGACAACGUGACCUGCGUGUGGGAGAUCCGGGCCAACGCAUCCGACCACGUGCUGCUGGCCUUUCCCUACCUGAACCUGGACUGCACCAACGAAUACUUUGACAUCCUGGACGGCCCCCCGUCCUCAGCCACGUCCCUGGGGAGGACCUGCUCUGGCUUCUACCUCACCUACGAGUCCUCCUCCAGCUCCAUGACCCUCAAGUACUUCCGGAGCUCCAACAAGAUCGGGAAGGUCUUCAUUGCGUAUUAUUACUCCGAAGCCAAAGGGGACUGGCCGGAGCUGCGGCUGGCGGGCGGCUCCGGCCCAUGCUCGGGGCGCGUGGAGGUCCUCCAUCAGGGGGCCUGGGGCACCGUGUGUGACGACCUGUGGGACCUGAACGAGGCUGAGGUUGUGUGCCGGCAGUUGGGCUGCGGCAAGGCCGUCGCUGCCCUGGGGAAGGCCCACUUCGGCCCGGGCUCCGGGGAGAUCCUCCUGGACAACAUCCAGUGCUCGGGGGCGGAGCGCCACCUGGGCCAAUGCGUGCACUCGGGCUGGGCGGAGCACAACUGCAGCCACCAUGAGGAUGCCGGCGUCACCUGCUCUGAUGCAGAAGACCUGCCUCCUCCCACACCUCCAGGUGGUUCCACGGCGUCUCAGGAUCACAUAACAGGAGGAAGUCGCUCCUGCGGAGGGGUGCUGACCAGGCUCCCCGGCUCGUUUUCCAGCCCCCGGUACCCGGAGAACUACCCAACCGACACCCAGUGCGUCUGGGAGGUCCACGUGGAUAAAACAUCCCGCAUCAAACUCAUGAUUCCGAGCCUGAACCUGGAAGACAUCCCGGGGUGCCCCUUCGACUCGGUGGAGAUCUUCGACGGGCCCAGGAUCGCCUCGCUCUCCCUGGGCCGGUUCUGCGCCCCGGGAGCUCUGCUGGUCUUCUCCUCCUCCGACGUCAUGACCGUGGUCUUCCGGAGCGACUUUGUGGUCACCAACGCCGGCUUCUACGCUCUGUUCGACGUGAUUCCGCCGGAUGAGGGUGAGCCAGGAGGCAGCAGCUCCUGCGGGGGGGUCAUGUCAGGCCCCGUGGGCUCCUUCUCCAGCCCCUGGUACCCCGCCAACUACCCCACGGACGUGCGGUGCGUCUGGGAGGUCCGCGUGGCUGAGGGGCUCCUCGUGUUGCUGACCGUCCCGCGGCUGCGGUUGGAGGACGCCUUCGGGUGCCCCUACGACUUCAUCGAGGUGUUCGACGGCCGGCAGGGGGCCUCGCUGUCCAUGGGCAGGUUCUGUGCCGGGGCGGCCCUCACCUUCCUCUCCUCCUCCAACGUCCUGACCCUCGUGUUCAGGAGCGACGCGGCCGUCACCCACGCGGGGUUCUACGCCCUGUACCGCGCUGUGGAGCCAGACAAGAGCACCGUGCGGCCGGACCAGAGCGAGGAGAGCAAGGAGAGCGAGGAGAGCGAGGAGAGCGAGGAGAGCAAGGAGAGCGAGAGCGAGGAGAGCGAGGAGAGCGAGGAGAGCGACGAGAAUGAGAGCAAGGAGAGCGAGAGCGGUGUCGAUGGCAACCCCACAGCAGGACCCACAGGUACUGCCCUCCAUGCACUGCCACCCGCCCAGGCCCCUGACCUGCGUGAAUUCUGGCUGCUCCUUGAUCCUGAAAUCAGGGCCGAGCGACUUUAA